AUGACUGCAAAUACAAGGGUGGUGUUCUCUUUCAUUUGCGUCUUCCUUCUUACUUCACCGCUGCAUGUUUUAUCACAUUCUUCAUCCCCAUGGGGAUGCGCCUAUAACUAUAAUUGUGGACGCAAGAGGCAGGUUGGUUGUUUGUUCUUCCAUUUAAAUAGGCCACCCACAGUUUUUAAUACUCAGUUCAGUGGCUUUUGUUUCUCAUUGAAAGCCCUUUAAACCGGGAGCCUAUUAAACUAAAUGCCACGAUCAAUCUUUGCCAUAUGGUUAAAUUUCGCACUAGUGAGGCCAAGACUAAAGGAAAAUGAAUAUCGGUGCAUGACUUUUCCUUCCAGGUUCUAGACCAGUUCAAACUUCCAGAAACCCGCCAGCUUAAAGAUCAACCGCGCCCACUUAGGGAGUCUCUCUCCAAGCCUUUUGAAGGACGACUAGCAACCGCGCGAAGACUUAGAACCAGACAAGAAUUGGAAGCCUAG